CAAAUCUUUUGCGCUGUAAGCAUCUCUGUAUAUAAUGAAUGCCAACAGAUAACACGUAUUUCCAGGUUCUUGCAUCACGCCUUCUUGGAAAUCCCGGCGAAAGUUCUUUGUACAUGCAUCACUCCUUCUUGGUACUUAUAUAAGAAAAAUGAUGACAGAAGAAUACACAGAAUUAACUUUGAUAUUGCAGAAGAACUUAACUGUUUGCAAAAAUCUCAACUGAUGGAUUCUGUUCAUUAUAUCGACGCUAUUGAAAUGGAGGAGAAUUCUACUUGUGUUGUUCCUGCAGAUUCUCAAUUUUAUGUGGGGUUGGAGAAAUGGAUUGGGCAUUUGAAGGGACUUCUGAUGGAGAACGAGGCGUCAGUUGUUGCGGUGCAAUGCAUGGCGGGUGGAGGUAAAACUACUCUGGCGCUGGCUCUAUGCAAUGAUCUUCAAAUUAGAGAAUACUUCGACAACAAUGUGAUUUUCAUCACUGUGUCAGAGUCCCCAAACCUGAAGGGAAUUUUGGGGACUAUGUGGAAGAAGAUUGCUGGAAGGAAGAGACAAGAAUUUCACAAUUUGGAAGAUGCGCACAUGCAGCUGAAGCAGUUGAUUUCAAGGCAAACGAAGCAAACAUUAUUAAUUUUGGAUGAUGUUUGGUCCAGAGCAGAUUUGGAAUAUUUACUAUUUGAUGGGCCAGGAUUCAAAACUGUUAUAACAACUAGAGACAGUUCCUUUAUCCCCACAACCCUGUCUACUCAGUUUUAUCAAUUACCAUUGUUAUGCCAAGAGGAUGCGUUGUCGCUGUUCUGCUUCUGGGCUUUUGGACAGAAAUCAAUUCCAAGCACCGCAAAUGCAAAUCUGGUAAAUCAGCUGCUAGAGGAAUGUGAUGGCUUGCCACUUGCUCUAAAGGUUAUCGGAAGCUCUUUGCAUGGGAAAUCCCACGAGGCUUGGGAGACGGCAAUGAGAAAGAUUUCUAAAGGAGAAUGCAUAUCAGAUAGUCACAAAAAAGGACUCAUUAGAUUAUUUGAGAUUACUAUUGAUUCCUUAGAUGAUGUUGCUAAACAAUGCUUUCAAGACUUGGGUUUGUUUCCAGAGGACAGGAAAAUCUGUGCUGAUGCACUGUUGGACAUUUGGGUUUAUGUUCGGGAUCUCCAGUGGCAUAAUGCCUUUGCCAUUUUGUCAGAACUUGCAAGCAAAAAUCUUCUGAAUUUAAGUUGCACUUCAGGGAGCAGAGCAGCAAUCUCAAUCAGAAAUACCUCAGAGCUAUAUUUUUCUCAGAAUAACUUAAUGUGAGAAUUGGCCUUGCAUUUGGGAUGCCAAGAGAGUGUAGUCCACAGGAAGAGGUUGGUGAUGCCUAGGAAGGAGCAGUGUUUGUCACAGAAAAGGGAGCUUCUUGAUGGCACAGAAUUUGACGCUCAACUUCUCUCUAUUCACAUAGGCCCCACGGAGGAGAACUACUGGAAAGAGAUGAAUUUCUCUGAGGCAGAGGCUCUCUUGUUACACUUUACUUCGAGUGAAUGCUUUCUUCCCCCAUUUUUAAGAUCCAUGAAGAAUCUGAAAUGUCUCAUGGUAUUCAAUUACAGCAAGAAGAAGGGAACUAUAAAAGGUCUAGAUGUCUUAUCUUCACUCAAUCAACUCAAAAGUGUCCGCUUGGAAAGAUUGAUUACACUCCCUACUGGGAAAGAAAGCAAAGCACUUUCAAAUAUAGAGAAGUUGUCUUUAAGCUUAUGCGAAGGGUUUGAAUAUACAUCUGCAUUCAUCAACGUAAACUUGACAGAUUUUAACCUGGACCACUCGAGUAAUUUGGAGCAGGUGCCCCUUAGUUUCUGUUAUAUGCCCUCUGCUCAGAUGUGGUCUAUUACCAAUUGCCACUUGAUUCAGAAGUUACCCUACGACCUUGGAAAUCUGAGUUCUCUGAAGAUGUUAAAGUUGUCGGCAUUGCCAGGCCUAAAAGAGCUUCCACCAUCAAUAGGAAAACUUGGACAGUUGGAAUACCUAGACAUUUCAUUCUGUGAGGGGCUGAGAGAACUUCCGGAGGAAAUUAAGCACCUAAAGAAAUUGAAUGAGUUUGAUAUGAGAGAAUGUUCUCGUUUGACGAGGUUACCAAGAGCUGUUUGCGAGCUGAAUUCCCUGAAGCUUGUUAUAUGUGAUGAGAAGGUUUGGAAGCAAUGGUUGCGGGCCAAGAACAUUUCUAUUGCAGAGCUUAGAGUUGAAAUUGCGGAAGCACAUUUCAGUUUGGAUUGGCUUGAUGAUUGACUUUUUUCCUUACCUCUCAUCCUGAAGUCAACCUGAAAAGCACAAUUUCAUAAAGGGGUUAAGCAUAAAAUUAUAAUUAUUUUCUCUGUCGGAAGGAAUUUCCUUGUUUCGUAGAAGGCCAGGAAGAGGGUACUGAAGUCAGUAGGCGUCUUGACUGCAAUUAUAUUUGGCUCAGUCUACAUAGACUUGGCAUUUUAUAUUGUUAGAAUAAACCGAAACACCAAUAUAUGGAAGAAAACAUUGCUAUAUUGUCA